AUGAUUUACAAUUUCAAUAUAAAAAUGUUACAUCUCUUUCUCAUUCUACUUUUAUUGAUUUUCACGUCACCAGGUUUAGGUCAUCGUUGUUAUGUGUGUAGUAAGUGUCAAGACCCUUUCAGAUAUCAGGAUACUGAGAAACAAACUGGUUGUACCUUCUGUUCAACAAUAAGAACGUAUGUACAAGAUAAACUACAAGUGACCAGUCGUAGUUGUGUUCCGGUUUGCGUUGAAGCUGA